ACAGACCAGUUUAUCCCCACCGACUCCAUAUUACGACUUGAAGACAUUCAGCUCUCACAGCCAUUCCCGCCGCAGGGGAACCUCAUGGAUUCCCCACACAACACCGCCGUCCUCCUCCUCCCCUUCAUCUUCGCCCUAUUCUUCUCCUCUACCCCACCAGCAUUGCCCUCCUCUUACCCUCCCUCCGGCGCCGGACAAAUCAACUCCAACUCCGUCCUCGUCGCCCUCCUCGACUCUCACUACACUGAAAUCUCCGAACUCAUCGAAAAAGCUCUCCUCCUCCAAACCCUAGAAGAAACCGUCGGUCGACAUAACCUCACCGUCUUCGCCCCUCGCAACGAAGCGCUCGAAAGGGACCUCGACCCUGAGUUCAAACGCUUCCUCCUCGAACCCCGCAACCUCAAAUCCCUUCAAACCCUUAUCCUCUUACAUUUCGUCCCUACUCUAAUACCAUCCUCCUUCUCCCCCGCGCAUCAUCGCACUCUCGCCGGAGAUAAAAUCAGCCUGCACCGCAAUCAAUCUGGCCACCACCGCGUCGAUCUAGCCUCAAUCGUCCACCCGGAUGCCAUUGUCCGACCUGACGGUGUUAUCCACGGUAUAGAUUGCCUUCUUGUCCCCAGAUCUGUUCAAGAGGACUUCAAUCGUCGGCGAAAUCUCGCCGACAUAUCCGCCGUGCUUCCGAUUGGCGCUCCGGAGGUCGAUCCGCGCACUAAUCGGCUUAAGAAACUGGCACCACCAUCCCCUGCUGGAUCCCCUCCUGCGCUUCCUAUCUACGACGCCUUGGCUCCCGGCCCUGCAAUAGCACCCGCCCCUGCUCCUGGCCCUGGAUCCGGCAAGCACUGGUUCGAUGGCCACCGCCAGAUCAAAGAUUUUAUCCAAACCCUCAUCCUGUACGGCGGGUACAACGAAUUUGCUGACAUUCUUGUCAAUCUCACCUCCCUAGCCACCGAGAUGGGACGAUUAGUCUCCGAGGGCUACGUGCUAACUGUUCUCGCCCCUAACGAUGAAGCCAUGGCGAAGCUCACCGCCGAUCAGCUCAGUGAGCCGGGAGCACCAGAGCAGAUCAUUUACUACCAUCUCAUCCCCGAAUACCAGACGGAAGAGAGCAUGUAUAAUGCAGUUCGGCGGUUCGGAAAAGUGCGGUACGAUACGCUUCGGCUGCCGCACAAGAUUGUGGCAAGGGAGGCUGAUGGAUCGGUGAAGUUUGGGCAGGGGGAGGGAUCCGCGUAUUUGUUUGAUCCAGACAUCUACACUGAUGGGAGAAUCUCGGUGCAGGGUAUCGAUACAGUGCUCUUCCCACCAGAUGAGGAAUCGCCCGUUCCGGCGGGAGCUGCCGGAAAGAAACCUGCUGUGGCGGCGAAGGCCGCAGAUGCCAAGUUGAGGAGAGGAAAAUUGCUGGAGCUGGGCUGCCAUGUGCUGGGUGUCUUGAUGGAUCCGUCACGCUUUACUACAUGCCAAUAGAGCGGAAAAUCGCCCCUUAUUCCUGGCGUAAUAACACGGGGAUGUUUAAAGUGCAGAAGAAAAGGAAAAAAAAGGUGUUGCUUUUUGUUUACUUUGGAUUUAGAGGGCUGGUACUGAAGGUUUGUAAAAAAUGGUUUUGGUGGAAUUAGUCUUCCUUGUUCAAAUUAAUUUCUUAUACACAAAUAAAAAUUGAGGCAAACAAAAGCAUUCCGAUUGUCUAUUUGUUUGUCCAAUUAAUGCA